AUCUAGGGGCAAAGAGCAGAUUGAAUUACCUGAAGCUUCAAUGGAACAGAGCUCUGGAAGCAUCAUCUACUGAAGUGGAAGUGGCAGCGAGUGUAUUUGAAAGGCUCCAACCUCAUCAUAAUCUAAAGAAGUUGGAUAUAAUUUAUUAUAUGGGCAUCAGACUACGAUGGCAAGGGCAGAGCUAGCGUCGGCAUCUUUUCCAAAUCUAGUUGUGCUUACAUUGGCAAGGGCAGAGUUAUGCGAACAUGUUCCAUCACUCGGUCGAUUGCCCUUGUUAAAGCAUCUCACUAUGCGUCAAAUGCAUGCCGUGAAGAGAAUCGGAGAUGAGUUUUAUGGAGAUGGCGGCGACAGUGCAUUCCCGUCGCUAGAGGAGUUGUAUUUAUCGGACAUGUCCAAUUUGGAGGAAUGGCAUACGGAACCAACGACGGCAGAAAGGCAGAUAGCAUCCUUCCCUCGCCUUUCUCUACUGUCGAUAGAAUCAUGCCCCAAAUUAAUGGUGCAGCCAUGUAUCCCAUGCUCUGUGGAGGAUCUUAAAAUCAAAAUGAGCAAUGAGAUGCUCUUAUCAGCAGGGAGCCUUGCAAGGUUGUCCAAACUUAAAGAGCUGGAGCAGCCAUGUAUCCCGUGCUCUGUGGAGGAUCUUAGCAUAGAAAGGUUCCAACCUCAUCAUAAUCUAAAGAAGUUGGAUAUGAGCAUCAGACUACCCAAUUGGAUGGCAAGGGCAGAGCUAGCGUCAUCUUCUUUUCCAAAUCUUGUUGUGCUCACAUUGGCAGGGGCAGAGUUAUGCGAACAUGUUCCAUCACUCGGUCGAUUACCCUUAUUAAAACAUCUCACUAUGCAGGGCAUGCAUGCCGUGAAGAGAAUCGGAGAUGAGUUUUAUGGAGAUGGCGGCGACAGUGCAUUCCCGUCGCUAGAGGAGUUGUUUUUACAGGACAUGCCCAAUUUGGAGGAAUGGCAUACGGAACCAACGAUGGCGGGAAGGCAGAUAGCAUCCUUCCCUUGCCUUUCUCGAUUGUCGAUAGAAUUAUGCUACAAAUUAAUGGCGCAGCCAUGUAUCCCAUGCUCUGUGGAGGAUCUUAGAAUAUGCUUUAGCAAUGGGAUGCUCUUAUCAGCAGGGAGCCUUGCAGGGUUGUCCAAACUCAAAGUGCUGCAGAUUCAAAUCUGUGGAGUAUCAUCGUCGUCGUCAUUUGGGUGCUGGGAUUGGCUGCAAUACCUCACCGCCCUUGAGAUGCUAUAUAUUUGGGGAUGUCUUGAGCUGACUUGUUUGCCUGAGGAUAUUAUGUACCUGCCCUCGCUCCAUACCCUUCAUUUAGAUCAAAACAAAAAUUUGAGGAGUCUAGAGGGGGGAGGAAGGAAGGAGCAGCAGCAGCCCACCCCCUUGUUCCCUGCACUACAAGAUCUAAAAAUAGAAGGAACCGACAUGUUAACUGCUUUGCCAGAGUGGGUAGGAGGCCUCAAAUCACUCCAGAAGCUGCAUAUCUCCAACUUGCCCCAGCUGGCAAUGUUGCCAGAUGGCCUUCAAAACCUCAACGCACUCCAGAAUCUGCAUAUCUCUUACUUGCCCCAGCUAGCAAUGCUGCCAGAUGGCCUGGGGCACCUCACUGCACUCCAACACCUGGAGAUCUCCCGCUGCCCCAAGCUGGCAAUGCUGCCAGAUGGCCUGGGGCACCUCACUGCACUCCGAUACUUGGAGAUCAACGAUUGCCCCAAGCUGGCAAUGCUGCCAGAUGGCCUGGGGCACCUCACUACACUCCAACACCUGGAGAUCAAAGACUGCCCCAAGCUGGCAAUGCUGCCAGAUGGCCUGCGACACCUCACCAUACUCCAAUACCUACAUAUCUCCAACUUGCCCCAGCUAGCAAUGCUGCCAGAUGGCUUGCAAAAUCUCACCAGACUCCAAUACUUGAAGAUCACUAACUGCCCCCAGCUAGUGAGGCGUUGCAAGAGAGAGACAGGCGAGGACUGGCACAAGAUUGCUCACAUCCCACGCAUCCGGACAAGCGAAGACUCGCACAAGAUUGUUCACAUCCCAGACAUCAACAUCUGGCCAGAAGAAGAUGGAGAAGAAAGCAGCAAGCCAUCAUCUACCCUCGCAACCAAAUUUCUAGAUCAAUUUGGGUGUGCACGCUACCCGGGCUGAAGCUGAGGUGCCAUCUAAUUUGGAUCUUCCUAGACUGCUGCUUUGGUUCGAGGAACUCAGCUGUCAGCAACUUAAAGGACCUUGGGGAUCAUGCCAAUCCACUUUUAAAGCCUCACAGAUCUCCAGAGCCUGCAAAUCUUUUAUUGCCUCUGGAGAGAUGAUGUCAAAAGGGUGGAGUCAGAAAUUUGUACCAGAGUGCUUGCUUUCCAUUUCUAAACAAAAGAUAUCCAUGUCUGCUUCUGUUUUUAUUUAUUUGGUCUUCUGUCUUGUGCUGCUUAUUGUCAUUACCAUGAAUAAUGCCACAUUUUCUUUAUUUUCUCCUCUACUUUUUAUUUUUAAAAUACAACAGGGUUCUAUUUUUAUGUAUCACUCAAAUUAUACUGUCAGAAUGCCAUCUAAGAUUUUUGAUAUCCCCUUGUUUUUUGCUUUGUUGUUUAUUAUUUUCUCAAACGGGAAUUCCCGCUGUUCCUUUGGAUAGUAUUCCAAGAACAAAGGGAUUUCAUAGAUUGUUGAUCGUUUACCAUUAUUGGUUUGUAGUUUCAUGAACAGCAUAGCACUCAAUUUGCUUUUGUAUAUAUUUAUUGCAUAACAUCCGGAUUACACUAUAUCACCUUCAAACAAAUGUUACGUUAUUAGUUGUUCUCAUUUCCAGAAAUGAAAUAGUUAAAGUUACUUCUUUUUCAGGCUCAGUCGCUUCUCUUUCAACUUAUGUACUCUACCUUGCACAUUUGCCUUCUUUUCUUGGUGUACAGUCUUUAUGAAUUAUUAGUUCAUUUGUGCCAAUCAUAUACAACUUGAUCUUGUCGCAAAAGGCCAACCACUUCAGUGAAUCUAAGACAAUUUCUGCGAACAAUGGCUUCUCUGAAGAUUUUUCUCUACUAGAUUCAACUUUGGACUUAUAGUAGUCUAUCUAAUUGGGUCUCUUGACCCUAUGUUAGAACCGACAGGUGUAAUAAAUUAAACACUAUUCUCAAGUGCAGCUAAAAAAGGCAAAAUUUAUAGAUGAAUGAAAAAUUAGUUGAAGGGGGUUAUAUUCAUUGGUGAUUAGUUAUUGUGAGAAACUGACUAGUUAGCUUGAGGUAUUAUGCAGGAUAAUGAGCCUUCACUAUGAAAUGCCAAUAGAUGGCUCGUGACACCUCACAACUCUCCAAGAACUUAUGAUCAGGCUGCUACCCCAAGUUGGUGAGGUGAUAAGAGGGAGAGGAGAGAAGACUGGUACACUCUUUUUUUUGCAUACAGUAAGAAUUUGUAAAAAGUCUACAUUUUCUACCCCUUGCAAUCUCAAUGCCCACUCUAAAUCUUGUUGUGUAGUUUUUAUUUCCUAAACAAAACAUCAACUUGAAUGCUGUUUAGCAUUCUCUUUCCAAAUAUUCGAAAUCAGUAGCUACAAGCUGAUGCCUAGCGAGGCACCACCAUGUAUGAUCCUUCUAUUUCUCUCUGAAAGUAUGUUUCUUCUAAUCAGCAUCCUGCUGAAAGACUAUUAAAUUUCUUAGGAUCUUCAUGAAUGUUUUUAGUGUUACUAAAUUGUCUUAUUCUUUCUCUGCAGACAUUCUAAGACUAAAUUCACUUUGCAACAUGCCACCGGUGUUCGAAAAAACUUGCCAACCAUGCUCGAAAGCCUUACAUAACUCCAGAAUCUAUCAGAUUUUCAAUUUCUCUUUUCUUCCAGGAAACAAUACCAAAAAGGAGAGAUGCAAUUGUCAACAAUAGAAAACUCACUUCCAUCUCCACCGAUAAUAUAUCAGUUUAUUUUUCUAUGUCAGUAUUUAUGUUUUUCUGAAUUAUGCUGUGGAGAUGUUCUUAUGUAAAUCAUUUAUGUUAUACCUGGACAAAUCAUUCUGAAGAUUUUUUCCUAUUCUUAGAAUCAGCAUCAUUUGUGAUGAUUAGUUACAUAUUACUUAUGCCUA